AUGUCUGCUUACAAGCGACUGGGAAACAAGGGGACAACCUGCCAACUCCGCCAGUCGAGUGCUGAUGAAGAGUCUUUGGCUGACUUUACCCGACGAGUCACUUGUUGGAGCGCUGCGGAUGACAAGCGCCCCUAUCGUCUGAUGUGCUACCUACACUCAACACCGGAGUGCUCGAUCACCCGCACAAUGGGCGACGACGAACCAGGAUGUUUGAAGGUAUUCCUGUACACGGAUGCCGACCAUGCGAUCAUCACCAAUGUCGGCUUCACGGACACGAGUGGGUCGGGCUAUUGGAUUGAUGGUACGGUGACUUGGGUUGCUCCUAACAAUCCGGCCUUCGAGUACUUCCGCAUUGUCAUGUCCGCGACCAGCACGGGGACAGAUGGUGCUGUCAUGGUUGACAAUAUAAACAGCGCGCUGAGAUCAUAUGAGAUUGUCAACUCAGAUGCCAGAGGUAUCGUGCGCGGGACCAACACUGGAGGUAUUUGGGCCAACUACAUCGUGGUGCAAGCUUAUCGAUUCUUGGCCUUUUCGCCGGCGAAUGAGGCUGGAUCUCUGAUGUUAACUGACAUCUCCAACGCCGAUGCCGCCAAUGCAGCAGUGGGUACUUUCGGCGGAGAUUGGGCCGGACUUGCCCUCCUGGAUUCCGUUGCCUUCACAGACAGCAAUCCCGCUGAGAAUCUCCUCACGGGCACUGUCACGUGGACCUUCGGCGCAACAACGGACUACGGCUUUGCCUCAGACUGGCGGGUUUACAUAGCAGAUGACACGCAAGGUACGAACAGGCAGCUCCUCGGGACGGUAACGAAGGACCUGACGCAGCUCUCGAUCACGGACGAAACUUGUGACCCCACUCACGUCUAUGUCUUGGUCUAUGCCAACAACGAGCAUGGAGAGUCACCCAAUGCCUCCUCGGUGUCCUUCUGGGAUGAUGGUCGCCCGACCUCCACGACUGUCACAGUCACGUCCACCACCAUAGAUUGGCCCGGCUGCAAGUCAGUGGCCUUUACCGACACGGACACGGACGCAAACCAGCUUGGAGGAGUCAUCAAUUGGGUCCUUCCGGAUGAUGCGAGUGUGUUUAGUCACUGGACGGUUUACAUGGCGACCACUGCAGACAACAGCAAUGGCCAAGCCUUGCAAGACAGCGUUGAGGGCUUCAACAUCCCAGUGGGUCAAACAAGCCUCACCUUGCAGACCAACCAAGUGAGGCAAACGACAGAUGCUUCACCGGCCAAUUUCAUCGUCGUCCUGGGGUACCGAACUGAUCUGGGGGCCUACCAGAACCCUGCAGUCGGCUGCGCAACAGCCCUCUACGACGACAGCGGCGCAGCGCCUGUUGUUGCUCCUUUCAUCACAGCACUUAGCUUUCCCGACGAGGAUCCUAGUUGGGAAUAUGCCAACGGCACCGUGUCGUGGACCCAAGACAGCUUGACAGCAGAUCAAGCAUCGGUGUCUCACUACACGGUGUUUUUGGCGGAGGAUCUAAGCGGCACGAACCAGCUGCUGGUGAACACGGUCUCUCGCGACAGCUCUUCUGCAUCGGUGGCCAGCACCAUGAUAGGCUACCGCAACCACGUGUUGGUUUACGCUUCGAACAACUACGGGGACUCACCGACUUCGGUAGGCUUGGAGUAUCAGGGCAAGAGCCCACUGACCACAAGUACGGCAACUGCAACAUCCACCUUCACUGCCACGACGUCCUCCACCACAUCACAGACUGAAACCGGAACUGUGACCAUCACGACGACCCUCUUCACCGUGGGUGUCGGCAAUGUUCAAUUCACUGACACCAUCGACACUUAUUUUUUCAUCGGCGGAGUACUGACUUGGGAAGAGCCAGCAGACACUUCGGGUAUCACAGAGUAUCGCGUAAGACUGGUUUUUGACGUCGCGGCUUCACGGGAGCAGCUCGUCUACGAGCCAGACCUUGGCUUUGCCACGGCCGUGCCGGUUGGGACGACCCGGUUCAAAAUUCUGGAUAACACGGCGAGGAGAUUUGCAUGCUGUGAUCCGUCGAACUAUCCUGCAGCCUGGCUCAUCGUCUACAUCGUCAAGGGAUCUAUACAGCAGGAGGCCAUUUACGCUGGCCAUGCCCUCAUCCGGGACAACCAGACGACUCAUGUAGCAGACAGCAUCUACGUCCAAGAGCUGCAGAUCGUGGACACGACCCCAGUAGAGCAAAUCAACAUCACGCUGACUGGAGAGCUGUACUGGAACACCAGCGGCCCGGAGUAUCCAAAUGUCGGGGAGGAUUGGAGCCUGAUUGACCAGUGGGACAUCUAUCUGGCACAGGGUUCCACUCUGGCUUCCAGCGAGAGGUAUGUCGCAAGUGUUCCUCUAGGGACCAAGUCGUAUAUUUUCACGGCAGAGCCGUUGAAUCAAGGCGACGACACGAUCAUCGUCUAUGCGUCCAAUGCCGUGGGAAAGGCACCGUUUGGCAGUGUGGUGCAAUUUGGCCAGUUCGGGGGCCUUCAGACGACUUCCACCACAACGUAUUCUUCAACCUCCACAAAGCCUCUUACAUCCAUGAGUGGACUUACUGUCACUUUCACCGACACGGACACCAACGCAGGUGCUUUACUAGGCACAAUCACCUGGGACCCUCCCGCCGAUCCCAGUGCACUGACUUCGUAUGACAUCUACAUGUCCAGCGACCAGCAAGGUAGCAAUCAGCAAAUACUCGGUCUGGUGCCGUCGAACACAAACUCAUACACAAUCUCGUCCCCGGCCACAAGAACGACAGGCACUGCCUUUCCUGCAAACUGGCUACUUGUGUACCCAAGCAUUGGUGGCACUAUCUCAACCUACAUUGAUGCGGCCAGCUUGCCACUGUACGACGACAGCGGCGCCGUUCCUGACCAGCCAUCCUUCGCCACGGUCACUUUCACAGAUGAGGAUCCUGCAGGCAACUUCGCCUCAGGAACCGUAAGGUGGACACUGGCCUCCAACACCGACCUUGGCCACAUCACCCACUAUGCUGUGUACCUCGCUGAGGACCAGGCCGGCUUGAACAAAGUUGCUUUCGGCGACCCGGUCACAUGGGACGUGACGGAAGUAGUGGUUGGUACAGGCAUUGAGCUGAGCAGCAGGUACCAUGUGGUAAUCUAUGCUGUCAACACGUAUGGAGAGUCCCUCCAACCAGGCAACAUUGCAUCUUCAGGCGGAACAUCAAUCAUGUUUGGAGAUCUGGGACAAUCAACCACCACCACGGUCUCAACCACAGCAACAACAAUGACAAGUUCUUCGACGACUGGCGUCACAGAGACAUCGGUCACAACUACGUCAUUCACCUCAACAAGCACCUCAUUGACUUUGACCUCGUCCUCCGUCACAUCCAUCACGGUCAGUACAACAUCCUCAAGCACAAAAUCUUCAACCACAAGCCGAACUUUUUCAACGACGACAUCGGUCACCACGAUGACCAGCUCAACCACCAGCUCCACAGCCACCACAGUCACAGUCACUACAUCGACGGCUACCUCCACCAGCAAAACUGAGACCAUCAGUACGACCGUGACUUCCUCCAGCACUUCCUCCACGCAAUCUUCCACGAGCACAACCUCCCACACAGCAACUUCGACGACAUCGGUUUCCGUCACCUCCAGUACCAGCACCACCGUUCCGCUGAGCGUCCAAAUCUUGGAUGCUGCACAGGCUGCAGCUGAGCAAGCAGCCAGUGAGGGAAAGUCGCCGGCAGAGCAAGCCGCCUUGGCUGGAGAAGCCGCUCGUGCAGCCGCGGCCGACCUAAACCUCCCCAUCCCCGAGCAGGCCGCCAUGGCUGGACUGGGCGCCUCCGCAGCGGCGAGAAGUGCCGGGAUGAAUGCCACUGCGGAAGCAGAUGCGGCUGGUCGCGCAGCUGGCGGGGUCGGAGCUUUCUACAACCUGACGCUUCAGGAUCAAGCAGGAUUCGCAGGAAAAGCUGCUGGGGUGGCUGCUGCAAGCGCGGCAGCCGAUGCUGGGGCGACGGCCAGCGAGCAGGCGGCAGCUGCUGGCACGGCUGCUGCCGAUGCCGUCAACACAUUUUCCGGGAGCGCAGAAGAGCAGGCUUUGGCUGCCGGCGCCGCCGCUGGCGCCGCCAUAGCCGCGGCAGGAGGUACGCUGGCGGAACAGAUUGCAGCAGCCGCCGCAGCUGUUGCAGCGGCAGGAGCUGCAAGUGGAUUGACGCUGGAGCAGAUCGCAGCGCUGGCAAGCAUUGCAGGCAGUACGUUGGCAGAAGCUGCCGGGCAGACAGCAGAGCAACAGGCCGCUGCUGCAGCGGCAGCAGUGUCUGCUGCCGCCCUGGCAUCAAACGCCACACAAGCGGUUGCUGACAAUCUGGCGGCUACGACACUGGGUAGCCUGCUGGGUGCACUGUCGCCUGCAUCCAACCAGACCAACGCAGCCAACCAGACGUCCUUGCAGCAGGCAGUUGCAGCAGCUGCAAGCGCGGCGGCGGCUGCUGCGAGCCUUAACAUGACCACAGAGCAGCAAAUAGCUGCAGCUGCCCAAGCGGCCAUUGCAUCUGGGCAAGGCGUCCUGAGUCAAGCAGAGUUGCAACAAGCAGCUGCGAGUGGUGCUGGGGCAGCGGCAGCGGCUGCGGCAGCGGCGUCUGGUUUGUCCCCACAAGAGCAGGCAUCCGGCAUCAUCCGGCAACAUGUGCGCCGUGUGAUUGUUGCAAGGUAA